UUGGCUACCAUCCUCCAUCUUUUUGGACGGCCAGUCAUCUGUCAAGCGUUCAGUCUUAUUCAUCCGAGGUGGAAACAGAAAAAUUAUCCGCUCAUAGGGUGUUUUAAACGCGAAAAAUUAUCACGGAGGCAUCCGGGUACUAGGGCCGCCGCGCCCGGUCGCGCACUCGGGACGGACGAAGGGGGAAUCGGUGCAGGCACAUACAACGACUUCACGCCGCUGCUGCCCUCUGCACUAAGUUAGGUGCCGAUUCACCCUUCAGCCCGACGAUGCAGAGAGCGGGCGCGAGGCACCCGGAUGCUAGCCCGUCCACCUCCGGCGCCAUGGAGGAGCACUACGCUACGCUCAACGAGUACCUGCAAAUGGAACACAAGUUCCAGCCGAGACUGUGUCUGCCUAAUGAGUCCGAGAACGGGGAAGUAACAACUGGGGCCCGCGAUGGCGCUGCGCACGUGAUGCGCUGCCUCAAGGUGUGGUACGACCUGCCCACCGAGGUGCUCAUAGACGCCGUCAGCCUCUUCGACAGGUUCCUAACCAAGAUGAAGGUGCGUCCGUGCCACGUGCCGUGCAUCACCGUGGCCUGCAUGAACAUAGCCAUCGACCAGCACGCCGCGCACACUAAAGAGGCUCGCAAGGUGUCCGUCGAGGAACUGGUGUCGAUCUCCCAGUCUGCGUGCACGGCGGGCGACGUGGCGCGCAUGUCGCGCGUGGUGGCGGACAAGCUGGCGGCGGCGGCGGGCACGCGCGCCGUCACCGCGCGCGACUGGCUGCGGCUGCUCGCGCAGCUGCUGCAGCCGCACUGCUGCCCCGCGCCACCAGAGGUGAGCCUCCAGACCAGGGAUGUAACGGAUGCGGAGCUUCUAAAGCUGCUAGAGAUAGUUGUGUGCGACGCGGCCUGCGCCAACGCGCGCACCAGCGAGCUAGCGCUCGUCCUGCUCUACCACCACCUGGAGCAGCGGCUCGUGGAGCUGGCCCGCGGCGCGCCGCUGCCCGACCGGGCCUACCAGCUGUUCGAGGUCGGCGCACAGCUGCAGCACUACUGCAACAUGUGUGACGCGUCGCUGGUGAGCACGCGAGGCCGCGUCCAACACGUCCUGGCGCGCUACGAGGCGCGCGCGGCGGCGCCGCAGCGCCAGCGCCUCGUGUGGCGCCUCUCCGAGCGCACGCUCAAGGUGCUCCGGCCCACGGACCGGCUGGGCUCGCUGCUACCCACCAUCGAGGAGCAACACUAUGCUGUGGAAGCCACGCCCAACAGGAACAGAUCCGGCAGCGAAAGCAGCGAGAACGAGGAGACGUCCGACUGGCCGCGCAGCCCCGUGCUGCCCGUCUACUGCGACCACUGAGCGCCGAGCACCCGCGCCGCGGGGCCUCGCCGCCACCAACA